AUGCUGCCUCUACUUCUGUUCGCAUUCUCGCGUUUCUUCACGGCGAUCGACACCGCCGCAAUACCCUAUGGACCAAUCGCAGUAAACCUCCUGUACCUCUUCGUUCCCGUCUCGGCCGGUCUCCUAGUCCGGCGUUUUCGGCCCGCGCUGGCGGACAAGUUAAAGCGUGGGGUUCGGCCAACGUCGUGCAUCUUCCUGACCUACGUGAUCGGUUUCGGGUCGUUCGCGAACCUCUCGAUCUACAGCCUCAUGGCCCGGUACCCCCUGCUCAUCCCGGUCGGCGCUGCUCUCCCCCUCAUUGGCUACCUGGCGGGCCUGUUGAUAGCCCUGCUGUGUCGUCGCUCCUGGCCCGUCGUCGUCGCCAUCGCCAUCGAGACUGGGGUGCAGAACGUCGGCGUCGCCGUCCUCCUCCUGAUCUACGCGAUUCCUCAGCCACAAGGCGACCUCGGUGCAGUGAUGCCCGUCAUCAUCGCCAUCGCCACGCCACUCUACCUCCUCGUCGUCUUUGUUGUCAAACUCAUCGCCCGCAGGUGGUGCUGCCCGCGGCAGGUCACGACGCCGGAGACUGGCGAGAGCGACCUGGAAGCGAGUCCGUGGAGUGUCGAAACCAGCAACAGCAACGCCAGCGCCGAAAAGGGCCCCUCGUUUAAUGAGAAGGAUCUACAAGAUUCCAGUAAUGACAAAUCCGUCAAAUUGUAG